AUGUCUUUCCUUCAUAAUCAUUCUUGCGAGUGCGUUAAGUCAGAAUUGGAUUUGUUUGCACUACCGUCUACACAAACUAGCAUUGAAAAUGGAUUGUGGAUUCAUUAUAAACCAAUUUCAUCUCUUGGUGAUGAUGGACCUAUCGAGUUUCAAGUUCCUGGGACCGGCGAUGACUACAUAGAUUUGUCUCAUACAUUACUCCACAUAAAGGCAAAAGCAUUAAAUCAAGAUUCAACUAACUCGGUAUCUACUACAAUAGUAGCACCUGUAAAUAAUUGGCUGCAUUCACUUUUUAGUCAACUUGAUGUUUAUUUAAACCAAAAACUUGUAUCACCACCUAAUAAUACCUAUGCAUAUCGAGCAUACAUGGAAACCCUUUUAAACUAUGCCCCUGCUGCUAAACAAUCUCAUCUUACUUGUAGUCUUUGGUAUGAGGAUACAGCAGGAAAAAUGGAUUCUACAGAUGGUAAAAACAUAGGAUUUGUUAAAAGACAGGAAUUGAUUAGUGAAAGUAAGGAAAUAGAAAUGAUUGGUCAUCUUCACGGUGACAUUUUUAACCAAGAUAAAUUUUUAAUUAAUGGUGUUGAAAUGAGUGUUAAAUUGGUUCGAUCAAGAGAGAGUUUUAAUUUAAUUGUUGGGUCAAACGAUGUAAAGUUUAAAGUUUGCAUUACGGACGCAACUCUUAUUGUUCGACGAGCACGAAUUAAUCCAAGUGUAUUACUCGCACAUCAAAAAGUUUUAGCUUCUACCACUGCUAAAUAUCCUAUUACUCGAGCUGAAGUAAAAGUUUUAACAAUUCCUUCGGGUGUUCAAGGAAAAACUCUUGAUAAUAUAUUUUUAGGACAGGUACCGAAAAGAUGUAUAAUUGGAUUUGUGAACAAUUCUGCAUUUAAUGGUUCCCUUACUAAAAAUCCAUUUAACUUUGAAAACUAUGGUAUUAAUUCUUUCAGCUUAUAUAUUGAUGGUCAACAAAUACCUUCAAAAGCUUUGCAACCAUCUUUUAAUAAUAGCAUAUUUACAUCAGCAUAUCAUACUCUAUUCUCGGGAACUGGUAUUCACUUUCUUAAUGAAGGAAAUGGAAUCUCUUGUGAACAGUAUGGCAAAGGUUACUGUCUAUUAGCAUUUGACUUAACUCCUGAUUUAUCAGCUAACUCAUCAACUCAUUGGAAUCUCAUAAAGCAUGGUAGUGUAAGAAUAGAAGUACGAUUUGAAUCCUCAUUAAUACAAACAAUUAACUGUAUAGUUUAUGCUGAGUUUGAUAAUAUUAUUGAGAUAGAUAAAAACAGAAAUGUUACUGUAGACUAUAGUAGUUAA